AGCCUGCGAACGUUCCUUCUUCCGCCGGAUAUUUUAAAAGCCAAGCAGCCCCCCUUCCGUUACUUUCCGAGUCGCCGCCGCUUCCAGCUCCUCCGCCGCGCUAUACCGCCGAGCACCUCACCGGCGCGGUCCCGCCACCGUCUCCGUGGGCCACGAGGGAGCCGCUCGGUUUCCCCGGGGACCUUGCUCCGUCGCCAUGGCUUCCAGAAACCCUCCGUUAGUCAUUCAUGUUGAUCCCGACGGCCCUCCUGGGAGAAAAGCACCAGACAUUGGCAACAGGCAUAUCUAUGAUGGGAACUUCCUGUGUUGAUGACACAGACCUGGAAGAUGUUAAGGCCUCAAAAGAUAGAGAUAUGCCUUCACACUUACUCAGGUUCCCAAACAUUCAGAAUCAGUCUCUUCUGUCUGGUUUUGCUUACUGCAUAGCAUCCUGCAGCAUGAUUUUAGUUAAUAAGUUUGUGCUGUCUGGCUAUGGUUUCAACGCUGGAAUAUUCCUCAUGAUUUACCAGAACAUUGUAUCAGUGACCAUAGUUUCUGCACUGUCCCUCUCUGGUGUUAUCCCAACUGAACCAUUAACAUGGAAGUUAAUCAAAGUUUGGUUGCCUGUGAACAUCAUAUUUGUCGGAAUGCUAAUCACAAGCAUGUUUAGUUUGAAGUACAUCAAUGUUGCGAUGUUGACUAUCUUGAAGAAUGUCGCAAAUGUUCUUACUGCUUCUGGGGAAACCUACUUCUUUAAGAAGCAGCACGAUAGACAAGUUUGGAUUUCUCUUAUGUUGAUGAUAAUCUCAGCAAUUGCAGGAGGAAUAACGGAUCUCUCAUUUCAUGCAGUCGGCUAUACAUGGCAGAUCUUAAAUUGUUUUCUGACAGCAUCGUAUUCGCUUACACUGCGGCAUGUAAUGGACAGUGCGAAGCAGGCCACCAAGUCUGGGAAUUUGAAUGAGCUUUCGAUGGUUUUGCUGAACAACAUUCUUUCACUACCAUUGGGAAUUAUCCUCGUGCUUGGUUUUAAUGAAGUGGAGUACCUGUUGGAAACGCCUCUUCUGAGGAUGCCUAUGUUUUGGCUAGUCAUCACUGCAAGUGGAGUUUUGGGGCUUGCUAUCAGCUUUACUUCGAUGUGGUUUCUUCGUCAGACAAGCGCAACAACUUAUAGCCUUGUGGGGUCUCUCAACAAGAUCCCACUCUCUAUCGCCGGGAUCCUGCUCUUCAAAGUCCGCACAAGCAUGGAGAACUCCAUAAGUAUACUGCUUGGUCUAUUAGCAGGGGUGUUUUUCGCCAGGGCGAAAUUGCGCAACAACUCCCAGUCCUAAGCUGCCGGCCAAGCUGUACAUAUAGGUGCUAGAAGAGUGCAGUAUUCUGCUGAUCACCAAAAGCAAGAUGCUCCCUCAAAUUACACUCUGGGAAAAUUUGUGCAGGUGCGAGGUUCUUUCCCAGUUGGCAAAGGAAGGAGACAGCAUCAUGUUGGUUAGCCUGGGGCUAAUGUUUUCUUUUUCUUUUCUUCUGGGCGACGACCUGAACCCUGUUGUUGCUGCUCGAGUGUUGGUGGUAUACGUCUUAGUUGUUGCAUGUAUGAUAGUCAUACAGAUAGGUACUGCUCAAAUCCCUGGUGGUGGUGGGUGGGUUGAUGCACUGCAAUGUGUGUAUGUCUAUAUGAGAAGUGCACCAGCUUUGAGUACUGCAAUCUGCAGUGGCAAAGCCCUUUGAUCCUCUGCAUCAUAGAAAACCUUAACCAACGCAUGUUUGGUUGCACUAUG